AUGGUGAUCCUGGAAUUCGCUUCGGGGACCUUGGCCUUCACGAUGAAGCAGAGCUUGAUACUAGAAGAGAAACCUCCGGACGAAACCAUGCAGGAAACACUCUGCUCGAACAACCUAGCGGAUAUUCAAGCCUGGAACGUGAUGCAGAGCACCCUGAAAUGCUGCGGAAUCCGGAAUUACACGGACUGGCCCGACAUCCCGAGUUCUUCGAUAUCCCAGCUGGUCUACGGGGUCCGCUCGAACCUCAGAGCCGAGCCGUAUGAGUAUUUCCUGCAGAAGAAAGGCACCAUCUACAUCCACAACAUAGCCAUCGCCAUCUUCGUGUUGUCUCUACUGUGGCUGGCAGCCUACAUUAUCUUCACCAUCAAAGAAGGGCAAGAGGGAGGAUUGUUAAUCACUUUGGUUCUCAUUACCAUUGUAAUCCCGGAAUUCGCAUGGGUGAUCCUGUCCAUUACGAUGAAGAGGACACUGAUUCGAGAAGAGAAUCAUCAGAUACUGACCAUCAAAAUGGAGAAAACCCUCCAUUCGAACAACACUGGAGAUGUUCAAGCCUGGAAUGCGAUGCAGAGUACCCUGAAAUGCUGCGGAGUCACGAAUCACUCCGAUUGGCCCGUCACCCCAAGUUCCUGCUGCGAAGGAUCCCCACCUCAAUGCCCGGAGUCGUCAGCCUACGGAUUUCCCUGCUAGCCUGUAGUGUUUCGCCUUCCCCAAGAAGAGCUCAUCCCGAUUCUCCAAACGGCUGGAUCGCUGUUCUUUGUUCCUAUCAUAAUAUUUUGUAUGUUCCCGUUGUGGAAAGUGUGUUGUUACCGUCUGUGGGGGUCGUCAGAUUAUUUCAUUUAUUAGAUACAAUUCUGCAUCGUACUUGACCAACUCAAGAGUUUCGUGGCCUCAAUUAUCAAAAAUGGUGAUUUCCCAUUAAUGUUCCAC